GGGGCCUCGGCCAACUUCCGGCCGCGGCGUGCGGGCGGCGCUGCGGGCUUUGUCGGCCGGCCCUGUUUUCACCGCUGGUCGCCUGAUUCUGACUUAGGAACUCGUGACAAGAAGGUGAUCUGGAGCCUGAAUUUCUGAGGAUGGAAAGCUGCCUAAGACAAUGUCAGAAACCCCCACAGUGAUGGAGCUCCCUGCCACUGAGUCUGGGGCAUUCCCCAAACCCAAAUUAGGGGGGCUGUUGGGAAACCCAGAAGGGCAGAACUUGCGGGGCUGUCCCGCUCAGGAGGGAGGUUUCAGGCAGGUGACAGUUACUCACUGGAAGAUUCAAGCAGGAGAGGCAGGUCAGGUGGGCAGUAAAUCAGGAGAAAGCCCAAUUCUGAGCUCGAACCUCCUCCUCCUCCAGAGAGAGCUUGUGGAAGGAGAACCCCACCAGUGUGAGACUUGCAGGCAGACCUUCCCAUUUAGCUCGGACCUUGUAGGACAUCAGAUUGCUCCUACUGGGGAGAAACCUGGCAGGUGUGAGCAGUGUGGGAAGAGCUUCAGCCAGAGCUCCCGCCUUGCUGAGCAUCAGAGAGCUCACACUGGAGAAAGACUCUACGUGUGCAGCAUGUGUGGGGAAGACUUCAGUCACUACACAGAACUUGCUGAGCACCAGAGGGCACAUGCGGGAGGAAAGCCGUUCCGAUGCAUGCAGUGUGGGAGAGCGUUCCGUCACAGCUCAGACCUGGUUCGGCACCAGCGGGUUCACACCCGGGAGAGGCCUUUUGAAUGCAAAGAGUGUGGGAAAGGCUUCAGUCAGAGCUCCUUGCUUAUUCGCCAUCAGAGAAUUCACACAGGAGAAAGACCCUAUGAAUGUAACGAAUGUGGAAAGUCCUUUAUUAGGAGCUCAAGCCUUAUUCGACAUUAUCAGAUCCACACAGAAGUGAAACAGUAUGAAUGUAAGGAAUGUGGGAAGGCCUUCCGUCAUCGCUCAGACCUCAUUGAACAUCAGAGAAUUCACACUGGAGAGAGGCCCUUUGAAUGUAAUGAGUGUGGGAAGGCUUUCAUUCGGAGCUCGAAGCUGAUUCAGCAUCAGAGGAUCCAUACUGGGGAAAGGCCUUACGUGUGCAAUGAGUGUGGGAAGCGUUUCAGCCAGACGUCAAACUUUACUCAGCACCAGAGAAUUCACACCGGAGAGAAGCUCUAUGAAUGUAGUGAAUGUGGGAAAGCUUUCUUUCUGAGUUCAUACCUUAUUCGACACCAGAAAAUCCACACUGGAGAGAGAGUGUAUGAAUGCAAGGAAUGUGGGAAAGCCUUUCUCCAGAAAGCCCAUCUCACUGAGCAUCAGAAAAUCCACACCGGGGACAGGCCCUUUGAAUGUAAGGACUGUGGGAAGGCGUUUAUUCAGAGCUCCAAGCUGCUUCUGCAUCAGAUUGUUCAUACUGGAGAGAAGCCUUAUGUAUGUAGUUAUUGUGGGAAAGGCUUCAUUCAAAGGUCAAACUUCCUUCAACACCAGAAAAUUCAUACUGAAGAGAAACUGUAUGAAUGUAGUCAGUAUGGGAAAGAUUUCAGCUCGACCCCAAACUUUAAAAAUAAUCAAGGUGUUCACCAGGAGGGACUUCCCUUGAAUAAAACCAGCAUACAUUUGGGCGAGAAGUCUGCAGGUCCCGGGGGGCACACAACUGACUUACAGUCUGUCUCCAGCUAAGUGAGCGACGUUUGGAAGGGAGUGGCACGAGUCCACAUGAUUCCAUUCAUGUGACGGAUGUACCGGCAUUUUCCAAAGUCCUAGGCUGGGCUGCUUUCAGAGGGGCUGUCCCCUACCGCCGUGCAGUGGGGCUGGGCUGCUGUCCUCAACUAGUAACGUGUGACCUCAGGAGCCACAAGACUGCACAAGUGACUCUGGGCUGGAACAGUGCUGAGGGGGGAGCUAGGUCUCAAAGAAGGUUCUGUAUUUUAUUGCACAGUUACAGUUCUCUCCCACGUUAAAUCCUUUUUAAAGCAGAACUACGAAUCUCAACCUGAUACUUAAGAGAAUAUUAAUAGUAAAUUUUGAUAUAUUAAAAGAGCAAGUUGGAGAAAGAUCUUUCUUAUUUAAAAUCACAAAUUGGUUCCCUAUUGUCCUUAGGACGCUUCCCAAACUCAGUCCUGCUUUCUAAGGCCUUUUUGCUUCCUCGAGGUUCAUCCACGGCUUAACCACUGGUUGUGGCAACGUUAGCGGGUCGACGCUCUCACUCCCCCAAGCUGCUCCUGCCUCACCUCUGCCCUUGCUUGAAUGCGCUCUGCACACCUGACUGACUCAGGUGUUGGGUCAGGCUCAGCCAGCUCUCCCCCCACCCCCCGCCCCUGCUUGUGUUGCUAGUGAGCACUUCUGUUACGGCUCUUACUUUGGUAUAUGAAAGGGUUUUUGGUUUUUUUUUUUAAUCUGCUCUCUCAUUAUUAUACUAUUGGCUCCUUAUGGACAUGAUCAUAGCUGGUUGACUUGUGUGUCCCUGUAUUUAGUGCAAUAAGGAGCACACCCCAGUCUACGUGUAAUUGGCAUCUCUCUUGCUCUGUCCCUCUUCUACUGCUAUACUUAAAUUUUUUGGAUCCUGUUCGUAACAGCAUAACUUAUUGGUCUACUGGAAAUGUCUUCUCUGUGAGCACUGUCCACAUCUUGUACUUGUACCUGACUCGGGUGGUGAGUGGUAGCUAGUGUAAGACUAGCACGCCUCAGGUUUAUCGCCUUUAGAGCUCACCCACGACUUGUCCACUUGCGUUUGGGGGGCCCUGUGUCCACUUGGUUGCCUGUGUAUCUCUCUAACCCACUCGAGGGGCGCACGUUCCCAGCGCGUUGCACAAGGUUUUCUCUCUCAGCGGUUCCAUGAUUGGCCUCAUCGCUUCUGGUCUGUCCACUUGCUUUCUGGCUCACUUUGUCAUUGAUUUGCAAAUUGUAGUGGUCUAGAAGGACCAGUGCUGAACCCUAGGAAACCAGGGGAAGCUGUUCCAUCUGCCGGGGAAGACGGACUGCACACAGUGUUAGUGUUAAAGUACAGGUCCCCAGUUGUGUAGGACAUAGGUAAGGUGGGGACUCGCUGCGCAUGAAGGGGCUGGAAGAGCUUCAUGAAAGAGGAGAUGCCGGACUGGAAGAGCCAUGGCAGCUUGAGAACGAGAGCGACCUGGGAGAUGACCCUGCAGCACAGGGAGGUGGUGGACUCCCCUUCUGGUAGCUUGCAUUGACAGUAGCCACGAGCAGAGAAUUCACAGUCGUUGCCUCUGAAUUUCUUCUCUGACACAAGCCAAAACAACCAGUUUGGAAAUGGCGUAAAUCAUCCUAUUUGCCCAUUAGGGCAGAUUUUGAGUUCUUAAAUUCCAGCAACCUUAGAAGCCUCCGGGGGUAAGUGAUAAAGAGAGGCAUACAGCACUGCAUCUUCUGGAAAACUCAUCAUUAGAGAAGUUUCAUGUGGUUCGGACCCGAUAGUACCGGACCACCUGAGUGGCCUUUGGUGACAUCCAGGUUCCACACGCCUAUUUAAAGUGUACAGAGUUUUGAGAAACCAUAUACCUGUGUAACCACCAUUAGAAUAAGGAAGAAUAACAUUUUUAUCACACAGCGUUGCUCCCUUUUGCCCUUUCCCCGUUCCUACCCUGGUCCCGAGUAACCACUUUCCAUCGGCGUAGUUUUGCUUGUAGGGCUUCACAUUAAAUGGACCUACACAGUACGUAAUCCUGCGUGGCUUGACUGACUUUGCUUUGGCGGGUCUGACAGACUCGGCCCGGUACCUCUGUGUCUCGGCGUCUCUGCUGAGCAGUGUUCCGUCGUCUGGACAAGCCGUUUGUUAUUCAUCCACCUGUUGAUAGAAAUUCGGGUUUCCAGAUUUGGGUCUUAACAAAUAAAACUGCUAUGAGCAUUUGUGUAAAAGUA